AUGCCUCGGUGGAGGCAUGAAAAGAAAACAAAAAAAGGUGCCAAAGAAAAAACACCCGUUGGAAAACUAGACGAGAUAGAAAAAAUAAAAUCAUAUCAUUACAUGGAAGGUGAACCUGAGGAUGACGUCUGUUUAAAACCCUUUUACCCAAGGCAGAUAUAUGAGGUGGAGAAAGUUAUCCACUUACUGAAGAAAUUUCAAAUUCUGGACUUUACUUAUCCAAAGCAAGGUGUUUAUCUUGAUUUGACAUUGGAUAUGGCACUUAAGAAAAAGAAAAGAGUGGAGCCAUUUGCAAGUGUUAUCAGUUUUCCAUACCCAUUUGCUUCAGAGAUGAAUAAGGUUGCUGUGUUUACAGAGAUUUUGGAUGAUGAAAUGCAUGCAGACUUUUAUGUAGCUGUUCCUGAAAUAAUGCCUGAGCUUAAGCCAUUAAGGAAGAAACUGAAGAAAAGUUAUCCCAAGUUUGAUAGAAAUUCAGUUGGCCGAGACAUUCCCAAAAUGCUUGAAUUAUUUAAAACUGGACAUGAAAUUAUAGUAGAUGAAGAAAAGGAGCAUUUUCUCAGCACCAAAAUAGCAACAUUGGACAUGAUGAGUGACCAGAUAACUUCCAAUCUGAGAACAGUUAUUAAUGAAGUCAGUAAGCAUAGAGCAUUGAAUUUGGGUCCUGUUGUGGUUCGUGCUUUCCUUCGUAGUUCAACGAUUGAAGGCCUGCUGCUGAAGAUGGACCGCUUGUUGCCUAAAGAAGCUGAAGCUGAAGAAAAGGACAAAGAAUCUGAAGAAGUUGAAGCUGAAGAAAGUGACAAAGAGCUGGAUGCUGAUGGCUCACCCCCAUAAUCUUAGCUACUCAGGAAGCUGAGUUAUGAGGAUGGCUGUUCAUAGUCAGCCCGGGCAGCAAAGUCUGUGAGACUCUUAUCUUCAAUUAACCACCAGAA